CUACCAAUCAUCUGACUCAAAACACUUCCUUGAAUGAAGUGGUACAAGUCAAAAUUUUCUCGUGACUGAUCUAUAUUUUUUUUGGGGGGGGGGGAUUAUCUCCAAAUAUGGAUUUGAUCAGAUGAGCACGAAUGAAUCUUAAAAUAAAGAUCGCAUCGAUUCUGCUCUAAUGAUAAUAAUCAGUGGAAUGGUCAACAUCAUGUGUUAGAAACGGAAACAAAGUACAUUUUGCAGUAUAUCCAUUUAUUUCCUUUCACUGAUGCGGUACUAUAGUGUAGCAACGCAAUUACUUAAUAAUUGGCAAUCUUGUCAGUAUGCAGACAUUCAGGGCACAAGUCAUAUUGUUUAUUUGCUGUAUAAUCAAGCUAGAUACAGUGUGUUCGUGUGAAAAAGGAUGGGAAUCGUUUGACAGCAGUUGUUAUAAAUUUGUUGAAACCAGUAAAGCCAAUUGGGAAGACGCCCACACUGAAUGUCUUAGUAUGAAUUCGAACCUUGUCAUUGUGAGAAAUCAAGAAGAGAACGAAUUCCUGUGUAACAAAUUGAAGAGUAAUUUUUGGCUAGGCCUGACAGAUAUGAAGAAGGAAAACCACUUUAUAUGGGUUGAUAGUGAUGAAUGCAGCAAUUUUUCACAUUUCGCAAGUGAAGAACCAAACAAUGUAAAUUGUUCAGAGAAUUGUAUUGAAUACUAUUAUAGUUCAGGCAAAUGGAAUGACUUCCGAUGCGAUGAAAAACGUCUGUACGUGUGCGAAAAAUAUCAAGAUAAAACGCCGCCAUCAUAUGGAUCAUCUUGUCCGGAAGACAUGCACCUACUGUUGUCAUCGACAACUCGAUCAGCCUCGGUGAGUUGGAUGCCUCCAACGUGGAAUGAUGAUUCUGUUUGUUAUCCCACCGUAAAUAGCUCGCAUUUUCCUGGUCAAGUGAUAGCAAUACCGGAUGGUGAUUUAAGUGCUUUUAUUAAUGUGACGUACACUGCUAAUGAUAAGGCUGGAAAUUCUGAAACCUGUUACUUUCGAGUAACUGUAUCAUAUCCAGGAUACCCAAGUUUGACACCAGGCAGUUCCGGAUAUCCAGGUAGUUCCGGAUAUCGAGGUCUGACCACUGGAAUUUUCUUUGUAGGUAUCAUUGUUGGCGUAUUUUGAGUACUUGCUGCAUCGGUCGGCUAUAACAGGAUUAAACGGAUACCCACACAGACUUCGCAGACUUAUAUGGGAUAUGUGGCAGAUGGUCAUGGUGAAAAUAUUAAGCAUACAUAUGAAGAACUACAACACAAAACUGAAGAAUUGGCAGAUUAUGUUAAUAGUAAUAUAAAGCCGCAUAAAGGAACAGCAAAUAAUAACACCCAGCUGGAUAAGAGAACAGUAGCUUAUACUAAUGUCAAGCCGAAAAAUAGAGAACCAGAAAUACCAUAAAACUUCUAAUACAAACCCAGUGCUUUAUUAGUGACCCAUGCUGUACAUUUCUGCUAAGCCUCGCCCCUUGGAUAUUGUUGCCAAAAUCCCACAAAAAAAAUAGAGUAACUGUAUGUAAACGACAACACGCGCUUAUUCCUGGCCUAUUUUGAUUGGUCAGUUGUUAAGUUUGAUUGACACUCCGGGAAGGUCCAUAGUAACCCACUUAAAAACGGUUAAUCUAUUAUGAUCCACUUUUACUAAUAAGGAUUGAUAACAAAACUUAAUACACAAUGAUAGGCUUACAAAUGACAGUAAAGUCAACACUAUUCUUCUUUAAAGUAUGUACAAUAGUUGUAUGGUACAGUUCGUUCUUAUCCAUUUUAGGUCUUCUUAUUGUAUUUAAUGUAAUUGAUGUAGUACAUUUCAUCAAAACUCACUAAGUAGCAAUGCGCUUUCAUCUACAGGGUUUUUUCCAAAUUUAAUUCGAAAUAAGGAAUGAUUUGAUAAAAUAUUAAUUUAUUUAUUGCGCUUUAGUGUUUAAAAUGAUUGUACUGAAGGGUUUACUGUCCGGAAAACUAUAAGAGUGAGUCACAAGUUGACAGCUCAAUACAAAGUUAUAGAUGAAGGGGGCUGUUUGAUUAUAAGUCAAUCGAUAAUUAAGAUAGCGGAUGUUUAUGAUGGUAUUGUUCAAAUAUAAUGUUGCAUGCUAAUGUGUAAGCAUAACUGAGAUUGCUGCCCCUACAGUGUGUUUUGAAAUCAACUGUCUUACUUGGAAUAUACAUUUAUUUAUAAACACAAAACAAAAAUUUAUUAUUUCCAUGCGACUUACUUAUGCUUAAUAAUAGUGACCCCGUACCCACCAUAUUGUAACUCAUAAAGUGCUUGUAACCUACCCACAAUUGAAAGACAAAGGAUUUACCCCAUAUAGUAAUAAUUAUUAUUGUUUGUAUCAUCUUAAUUGACCAUUUAUUCCUAGAAAAUCCGAUUCCCGACGAAAACAACUCUUCGAUUUUAGACUCUGAAAGGUUUUCUUGUCAGAAAACACAUUGGUAAGUCACAUCAUCAAAUAUGUAUAUGACAUGAACCAAUGAACACUCAGCUUUGAUAUCAAAUCACUAUCACCAACGUGUCGUUAAAGAAAGCCUGCCUCAUAGCGAAGCAUCGUCUAGAAGUUACAUUUUAUUUUUGAAGUAGCAUAAUUGAUCUUUGCAGUAUAUUUUUGUAAUUGAUUAUUGAACGGUUUGUAAAUUUGUUUAGGAA